AUGAAUUCAACUAGACCCGAGCUCAUUGUAAGCAACGAGGAGGUCUUCCGUUACAGCUUCAAGUCAAGAAAGGAUUACGUUUUAGGAUAUGGGUUGAGUUCAAAUCAUUCUGUGGGAAUGUUUAAAUUUAUCAUCAUUGUUUUGGUAAAUGUUCUGUAUUGUUUUCAAAGAAUCAACAUAUUUGGAUGCGAUGGAUUUGAAAAGUGCUGUGUAGGAUUUAUGUGGAAUGAGUCUCAGCAGAAUUGUACAAAAUGCAGCAUUGGUUACACUGGGAUAAAUUGCAAGGAGCAAUGUCCAUAUCCAACAUACGGAGAAGUCUGUCAAAAAAUAUGCGAAUGUAAUAGUACCUUGUGCGACUUUUCGACGGGUUGUAAACCAAAUAGUACUUUGGUACAAAAUACGACAGUGUCACUGACAGAGGUACUAUAUUUCACCAGUACAACUAUCCAUACAUUUCCAGGAAUUUCAUUAAGCAAACGUCGUACUGAUGCUAACAAUUCUUCAAAAUCAAAAGAAAACUACAUUUUCUUUCAUCCACUUGUUAUAUCAUUGUUUUCAUUCAAUGUGAUAUUUGUCGUUAUUAUUUUGAUUUUCAUAUUUAUAAUUUUUCGAACGUUGUAUUGCAAAUCAGUACCGUCGGAUCUUUGUAAAAAAGAAGCAAAACGAAAAAUUAGGAUGAAGCAAAGUAGUUAUCACGGGAAUACUGAAAAUGAAAGUGAAGACUGCCUUUUGCAUUCAGCCUUUACUUCCGUUGCUGUUACUAGCAACACAUUGAUUUCUAAGAUAAAUAAUCAGUAUGACAGCAGAAAUCCUUCUGAGAAUGCAGAAUAUACUGACACAAAGUCUGUUUAUACUGAGAUGACAGCAGUGUCCCUUAGUAACCGAGGUGAGAGUUUACUGUUUCAACGGCAACCGUGUCAAAGCGUGGAUGACCAUGUUUACAGUGCUACAGAUACUCUGCGGUUUGAAAGUGAAACAGACACUAAAGAGUUCCUGAACGAUUAAUUCAGAUGCAAAAUUGAUAUAGGGUGCCAUUCCUUGACCAUUACAGCUUCACAAGAGAAAAAAAAAAUCCACAAAACAUUUAAUAAUGUCAGAAUAAUAACGUUUGAUCUAGACUACAGCUACACAAAUUAUUAAAACAUAAAAUACAAAUGAUUUUUUAUUUCAAACAAGGACGUUAAUACAAGGUUUUUUAUACAUUGGGUGUAGUACAAAGUGCACAUUGGUUACUAUGAAUUGAUUUUAUUGGAUUCAUAUUGUGAUGUUUUUGUGGAGGAAGUACAAUAAGUAAUUGACAAUUUUAAUUUGAUUAUUGCUAACACGCAAGCAGCGCCAAGCACCAAAUACUUACAUUGUAAUCCCGGAAUCAAAUCAAAGAUAACACAUAGCAAAGCGGAUGAAUAUUAUGACACUUUUUUUUUGUUUAUACACAUAUCGAUAAAAAUUAUUUCCGCAUUAUAUAAUUUUGUAUUCGUUUUAUGAUCAAAUUACAAAGUGACUAAUGACUAACAUAUUGUUUGAUGCAUUAAAAGCUGUUUUUUUAAUACGUUGCUUUA